GCUCCAAGGUUUCAAAAUUGGCACCAGAAAUAAUGAGCAUAACUAUUCAUUAUGACGAUAACAACACAUCAAGAUUCUCAUAUUUUCUAAGCGCGCUAACGAAAUCGAAUUUUUAAGUGCAAUUAGGUAGUGCAAAAUGUCUGUGUUUUCGAGAUUUGCAGCUUUCACGCACCGACAUCCGAUUAUUAGAGGGAUGCUUUCGUACGGAGCCAUUUGGCCAACCUCUUCCUUGAUACAACAAACGAUGGCUGGAAAAACAUGGGAGACCUACGAUUGGAUGCAGGCUGUUCGAUUUGCCACAUAUGGAGGCCUUUUUACAGCCCCCACGCUCUACGGCUGGAUCAGAUUAUCGACCUUAAUUUGGCCCAAGACUGACUUGAAGACCGCAGUUACAAAAGCAGUUGUAGAACAAAUGACCUAUGGGCCAGCCGCCUUGGCGUGUUUUUUCUUUGGCAUGAGUUUAUUGGAAGGCAAAUCCAUCAAUGAAUCAUGUGAAUCUGUAAAAGCCAAAUUUUUGCCCUCUUAUCAGGUGGCUAUUUGCGUGUGGCCUUUUCUACAAACGAUUAAUUUCUGCUACGUACCUGAAAGAAACAGAGUACCUUAUGUCAGUGUGUGCAGUUUAGGAUGGUCCACGUUUUUGGCCUAUAUGCACCAAUUGAAAAUGAAAAAGGCUCAAGAAGUAGAUUUACACGAAAUACCCCAACAAAAAAUAGAACGCUCCAAUCAAACAGCACUUUUAAAUUAAUUAUUUUUAAGUUAAUUUAGCUAAUUUAUUGUGAUUUCUUGUUGAUCUGUGUCCAGUAUUUAUAUUAUUUAUUAUAGAAUCAUUUAUAGAUGUGAUAUUUGUAUCUAAAUAAACCAGG